AUGGCGAGUGCCACAGGUAUACCGGAGCGAAUCCCUUCGGACGCCGAAAUCAACGGCGCCGCAGCUCGCGAGACUGAACCGCUCCUUGGCCGACCUGGCGAUGCUGCACAAGAAGACGGCGUCCCAAUGAUUAGAAAUCUGGUCCUCGGCACUGGCAUCCUUGCCCAGCUCGGCAUCGUGCUGCUGGUUGCGCUCAUCUGGGCCAGCGUCCUCACUAAGCCAUUGAUCCUGUUCUCAGCGCACCCGCUUCUGCAGUCCCUCGCGAUCCUCACGCUGGCCCAGUCCGUCUUGAGCCUGCAGCCCACGCACACGGCCGAGCAGAAGCGCAUCGGCCAGCGCAUCCACGCCAUCCUCAACCUGGUCGCCUUCCUCCUCCUGGUGGCGGGUGUCACCAUCAUCGAGUACAACAAGUUCGCAAACAAUGGCGAUCACUUCCACUCGGUUCACGGCUACCUGGGCGUCAUCACCUCCAUCGUCCUGCUACUCCAGUACGCCGUGGGCUUCACCAUGUGGGCGACUCCCCAGCUCUACGGCGGCGAACACCAGGCCAAGGCCAUCUGGAAGUAUCACCGCUGGAGCGGCUACGCCAUCUUCACCCUGCUCCUCGUCACCGCCGUCGCCGCUGUCGAGACAGACUACAACAAGAAUGUCCUCAAGCUCAAGCUCUGGGCUACCAUCCUUUUGGCUGCCCUGACGCUGAUUGGUGUUUUGCCCCGAAUCCAAAAGCAGAAGCUUGGGUUCAAGGCUCCAAACCAGGCUUGA